CGUGAUACCUUGACGUUUGGUCUUCAGUCGCAGGUAGACGCGUCUUAGGUGCGCAUCCGUGCAGAUCUCCAAGUGUUAAGAGCACUUCGAAAGUUAAUCAUCAGCCGUUCUCAGCUCUCACCGACGUGAGACACUUUCACGAACCUUUUCUUCAGAUAGACAAGGACAGAAUACUCGGUUGACAUGGUUGGAAUGGCACAAAAACCUUGGACACCCACGAAACGACGAGGCCCGAUUGCCGCGGAAUAUAGCAGCCCGGGGCCAGCCUGUGUCACUUUACCACCACUAAUUGGAAAAACCGUUCCAGAUUCCAAAAGAGAAAGAGCACCGGCAUUUUCCUUCGGUAGCAGACACUCGGCGAAAGACAAUAGUCCGGGACCUGGCCCUGGACAAUACAACGUCUCUGGACUUAGCGCAAAAGGAAAGGAUGCCGCACCUGCCGCAUCGUUGCACGGCCGAACGAAAUCGACAAAACCGGAAGUAACUCCCGCACCCGGCGAUUACAAUCCACAAAAGGCGCAGAAGGUCAUCCUGGACAGCUCCCCGAAAUAUUCCUUCGGCGUUAAAACGCAAAUCGAGAAGAUCAGCUGUACACCCGCACCAAACGACUAUCGCACUGAAAUCGUGAAUCUCUACAAAGCGGCAGCGUACACUUUCGGCGUAAAAGCUGUAUCGGAAAGACCGAGUGAUGCGCCCGUAAUGCUUGUAGCAACUAGAAAAUCGCAGCAUGCGAUGGAACUCGUAAAAUUGAUCGGCAAAUGUCUAGCCCCAGGUACUUAUCAUCCCGAGAAAACGAGACUGGACAGCGCACCGCAGUUCACAUUUGGAAUUAGAACGCCGCUCGAUAAAACGAGCGACACGCCAGCACCUGGAGCAUACAGUCCAGAGAAGGUGAACCUCGAGAGAGGUCCGCAGUAUAGUUUGACUGGCAAGGGUCGAGUGGAAAAGUGCAACGGAACACCAGCACCGGGUACCUAUUGUCCCGAAAAAGUGAGACUGGACGCGUCGCCUCAGUUUAGCUUCGGUCUAAAGCCUGCAGUGGAGAAGCCAAACGAAACACCAGCACCUGGCGCGUACAGUCCUGAGAAGAUAGAUUUGAACAAAGGACCGCAAUAUAGUUUGAGUGGUAAAGGACGUGUCGAAAAGCCCGCUGAUACACCAGCGCCAGGAGUAUAUUGUCCCGAAAAAGUAAAAUUAGAUACCACGCCGCAGUAUAGUUUUGGAAUUAGGCCCCAGCUGAAUAAACCUAGCGAUACACCAGCACCUGGAACCUACAGUCCGGAAAAAGUGAAUUUAGAUAAAGGACCGCAAUACAGUUUGACUGGCAAAGGGCCCGCGGAAAAGCCAGCUGACACGCCAGCGCCGGGCACGUAUUCUCCCGAAAAAGUAAGAUUGGAUAAUACGCCGCAGUACAGUUUCGGACUUAGACCCGCUUUGGACAAACCUACUGACACUCCAGCGCCUGGCGCAUACUCUCCAGAGAAAGUUAAAUUAGAUGCCACUCCUCAAUACAGUUUUGGGAUUAGACACGCUUCAGACAAACCUAGUGAUACACCAGCACCUGGAACUUACAGUCCUGAAAAAGUAAAUUUGGACAAAGGGCCACAGUAUAGUUUGACUGGCAAAGGCUUCACACCGAAACCUGACAAUGUUCCUGCACCUGGUACGUACAGUCCCGAGAAAACCAACUUAGACAAAGGGCCGCAGUACAGUUUGACUGGGAAGGGGGCACCGGAAAAAUUGAAUGAUAAUCCCGGCCCUGCCGAUUACAAACCAGAGAAAGCUCUUAAUCUGGAGCAUAAGCCCUAUUUCAGUUUUGGUAACAGAACACCCCUCCAUAAGUCUCACGAUACACCAGGCCCCGGUUGCUACAAUCCGGAGAAAGCACAACAUUUGGAACACAAACCUUAUUUCAGUUUCGGUAACAGAACACCAUUGUAUAGAGCUAAUGAUACACCAGCUCCCGGUACGUAUAGCCCCGAGAAAGUAAACAUAUCCAAAUCACCCGAGUACAGCUUCGGCCUUAAAACUGAAAUACAUGAGAAAAACGCUAUACCAGGACCAGGCGAGUACAGUCCAGAAAAAGCUAUGCUUUUAUUGGAGAAAGCAUUGCAAUUUAGUUUCGGCCUUAGACCGCCCAUUAGUAGGCCAAGCGACAUUCCAGCACCUAAUGUUUAUAACAUCCCAUCCGCUCUCGGCGGAACUAAAGAGGGCAACAAGAAAGCGGCACCCGCCUAUUCGAUAUCUAGUAGGCAGAAAGUGUUCACGGACGAUCGUGUUCUCGUACCUGGACCGGGAGCAUACGAAGCCAUCAAACCGGACGCAGUCAGAGCAAAGAGUCCGGCGUACAGCAUAAGCGCACGUUUCUCUUUACCCGACGAUAACUCACAGAUCCCAGGACCUGGAGCACACUACCCGGAAAAGGUUGUUCUCGAUAUUCCUCCUGCACAUACAUUUGGUAUCAGGCACUCGCCGUUCAUUUGUAACUUAAAGGAUGCGGUUUAUUAAUUUAUCUCAUUUAAGACGUACUUACUUUUCUCAUUAUUCUUGAUUGACGCUAUUGAUAAACAAAUCUUAGAAACGGUUUUUCUUUUCUUUGUUUUCAAUUUAAGAUCUGUAGUGCACCGAAAAAUUUUAGUGAUAAAAUUUCAACGGUAAAAAUCAACUGUAACCAUUAGUUUUUAUAUUGCGUAAUUGUUAUAUCACGAAACGAGACAACUUAAAUACUUAAUUAGGACUAUUGCAAACAUAAAUGCAUCUAGUGCGACACAUUGCAAAAUCUUAAUGUUGCAUAAAGAGAGCAAAUAGCGCUUUAUCUCAUCACUAAUGACUAUUCAACUAAUGUAAGAAAAUUUUAUGCACAUUAACAUAAAAAGAAUCUAUUUGAUUAAUUCAUUAAAGAUUGAUUAAUAUAAUGCA